AUGGAACAGGCGUAUCCCGAAAGCAGAGUUGCUGACCCUGGGCAGAAGAUGAAGGACCACGAGGAGCCGCGGACAUACUCCUCAAUUCUCCACUUUUAUCCACUCUCCCUCUCUACCGUUCCAUAUCAUUACUCCUUCAACAUGAUUCUCGGCUAUGUGCUAUUCCUCGUGUGUCUGCAGGUUUCUCCUCUUCAUUCCAUGCUCGAACAGAAUCUCGUUUUUGGAGGGUUUGCAACACCGUCUCUGGCAAAUGUAACCAUCUGCUACUAUCGAUACGAGAAGGAAGAUUCCUACAUCUAUUCCCCGGGGUAUCCAGCACCUUAUCCAGAUCUGGCUGACUGUACUUACGAACUGAUGAGGCCUUCGAAGAAAUUCUGCGGUGUGAAGCUCUUCGUGGAGGAACUGGAUGUGGAAGUGGGGCCGAGGGAUGUGUCAUGCGAUCGAGAUUGGCUGGAAGUCCUUUCCUGCGUCCCUUCUGCUUCCGCCCGCCUCUGCGGUCAAGAACGUGGCACUUCCUAUCAGUACUUGUUCCAAGAGGGGGCAGUUUCGAUCCGACUUCGAUUCGUGAGCGACGACACCGGUAGACGUCGGGGAUUCCGAAUCCGAUACGAAAUGCUUCAGAUAUGCUCGGGACCGUUUCUGACGGCAAGACCCACCCCGAUUCCAGGGGUGUCUCAAGACUUCCUAUGUGAGACGAGGAUAAAAGAUUUCCGAGGCACGAUCUUCACACCCGGCUACCCCAAAUCUUAUCCUCCAAACAUGGAAUGCAUCUACGAGUUUCAGAGGGCGGAUCCGUUCGUGUGCGGCGUGGAGAUGAAAACGGUAAAGUUCGACGUGGAGAAACCUCUUCGAAUCCCAGGAGGUCUGGGUGCCUGCGCGGAUUUUUUCCACAUGCCCAGCUGUGCUUUCAUGUGUGGCGCCAUGAACUUCACCUGCGGAGGAGCAUCUUCGGAUGUUUCCGAUCCAUGGCUACGGACUCAAGCUCGGCAGAUGGAAUGCCGAGCCUCGAGUGACAAAGCCGAGCAACAUACACUAGCGUCCAAGAGAAACGAUACAAUGUAA